ACUUCUAAUUAGCCAGCCUCUUCUUGCUCGCCUCACUUGUCCACUGUGCAGAUCCAGAUCCUCUCCUCAGGGACCAGGGACCGCUUGGGACCCCUACACUUUUCAGCACCCAUCAGACCGCAGUCGGCCGAACUGUUGUGGAACGGCUGCUUUUGGUACCUUUCACCUGGCGACGUCGGUGCGCACCGCAACUUGGAUAGAGAAACUGCAUCAUAGCACGGGUCUUGUUUAAUUAGCCUUUAUCAUUUAUUUUAAUGCAGUGACGUAAUUUAUAGUCUUGGGUUGAUUUAAGUUGACUUUAUCCUUCUUAUCUGAAUAGAGGAAGCAUAAAAUAUACACCCGGUCUCUAAAUCAACGGUGCUUUUACGCAUCAGGUUCGAAUAGGUGUAAAGACGCAUCGCCGUUACAUCUUCAGUUAGAGGGCCCUGGCUUGGUUCGACAGCACUAAUUUAGACAAAAACAACUAAGUGACAAACAACCCAGGGUACAAGAAAAACACAGGGGGAGGGAGUGACAGAAAAAAAACGGGAGAGAGAGAGAGAGAGAGAGAGAGAGAGAGAGAGAGAGAGAAAGAGAGAGACACCCCCUGGAGACUAGCUAGGAGACCCGGCCCCCGGCCUGAGAGAAGGAGAGAGAGAGUGAGGUAGUGAGGGAGUGUUUUAAAGCCAGCAGGAGGCAUGAUGUCCUACAUUAAGCAACCCCAUUACGCCGUGAACGGGUUAACGCUGUCCGGCCCGGGCAUGGAUCUGCUCCACUCCGCCGUUGGAUACCCCAACACCCCGCGUAAACAGCGUCGGGAGCGCACCACCUUCACACGCGCACAGCUGGAUAUCCUUGAGGCUCUGUUUGCCAAAACGCGCUACCCAGACAUCUUCAUGAGGGAGGAGGUGGCCCUCAAGAUCAACCUUCCCGAGUCCCGAGUCCAGGUCUGGUUCAAGAACCGUCGUGCCAAGUGCCGCCAGCAGCAGCAGCAAAGCACUGGCCAGUCCAAACCACGGCCCCCUAAAAAGAAGGCAUCCCCUGCUCGCGAUGCUAACUCUGAGGCCAGUGCCAAUGCCACCAAUGGAUCAUACAGCCCUCCUCCCCCUCCUCCAGGCACCGGCAUCACCCCCAGCUCCAGCUCUGCCAGCGCCACGGUGUCCAUCUGGAGCCCAGCCUCCAUCUCCCCGCUGCCAGACCCCCUGUCUGCUUCCACCACCCCCUGCAUGCAGCGCACCACCUCAUACCCCAUGACCUACACCCAGGCCCCAGCCUACAGCCAGAGCUACGCAGGCUCCUCCUCCUACUUCACUGGCCUGGACUGUAGCUCCUACCUGUCCCCCAUGCACCCGCAGCUGUCGGGCACCGGAGGCGCCCUGAGCCCCAUCACAGCCGCCUCGAUGGGUGGGCCUCUCAGCCAGUCCCCCGCCUCACUCUCCUCCCAGGGCUACACAGCAGCCUCGCUGGGCUUUGGAGCCGUCGACUGUCUAGACUACAAGGACCAAGCUGCCUGGAAGCUCAAUUUCAAUGCCACUGACUGUCUGGACUACAAAGACCAGAACUCCUGGAAGUUCCAGGUCUUGUAAAUAAUAAUAAGUGGGAGGUGGGGAGGGAAUGGGAUAGGGGAAGAAAUGAGAAAUUGAACAAAAUUGAAGUAGGGUGACCCCAAUUUACUUUUGGUGUGUUUUAGAAGAAGGAAGAGACCUUGGGACACAGCAAUCAAUUAAUCAUAUCGGUUGAACAACUAAUCAGCUGAAAUAGUUUCUUCAUUUUUGCUAGUUCAGAAAUAUUUGUGUGGAAGUAAACUGAUCUGUUGAUGCUUGACUUGGUGAUUGUAAAAAAGAGAUGACAGUUAGUGUUCCUAAGUUAAGCAAUAUAGAACUCAGCCUUGAAAUCAAUGAAUGGCUGUGUAAAAGGAAAACAAGACUGCGAUAUCUGUACACGAAAAUGUUAUUAGUGAGGAAGAACAACAGCUUUAAUUGUCCAGCUCAGUGGUUUUGGGCCGAAGUUGUGAUUUAAAUACAGUGUAACUAUAUUACUGAUCACAAGAGAAUUUAAAGUGAACACGCAUAAACAAAGGUGGUGACUUGUCACAUGCUAAAUGCCUCCUUUCGAUUGAUAACUCAAAAAAAGUAGUUUUGGUUAAUAGAAAUUCCACCUGCCUCCACUUGGACUACAUUUGAAGAGCUUCCACAGUGACCUACAAGUUUACUGCUUAGACAGCCUUGAAAUGGACGUGUUAAAGCACAGAACUUACUAGAGCCCAAGCUCAUGUUUAUUUCUUCCUUAGACCUUGUCUUGUAUUUUCUGUGAUGUAUUUCUUUUAUAAAGCUGCUUUUCAUCAGCAAGCUGACUCAAAAAAGCUUUGAGCCAAACGACUCAACUAACCCAAACUGACAUGUUAAGGAGGUGUCUUUACAAGGUGGCCACUAAUUAAAAAAAAAAAAAAAAAAACAUGAGAAAAAAUGUUUA